AUGAAUGGCAAGGUUUUCUAUGCGAGAUCUCUUAAGCUUAAGGAAUACCAUUUUCACAUAUCCAUCAAAGAACCACCCCUCCAGACACUCUAUUUCUUCGUCCCUGUUUUGUUAUUAUUAUUCUUCUUCUUCUUCUACUGCCUCAGAAUUUGAAAAUCUCAAAACGUUGAUAAACUUGAAUCGCUAUCAAUGGCUUCCACUUCUAGACACGUCUCAGAGCAUUACCCAAGUAUGCCAAAUCCACGCCCACUUGAUUACUGCAGGUCAUUUCGACUCCUUUUUGGCCAGGAAGCUUCUCAAGUUUUACUGGGACUUCGGCAAUGUCGAUUAUACUAUAUCGAUUUUCAGAUAUAUAGAUUAUCCCGGUACUUUCUGCAUUAAUACGGUAAUCAAGGCCUACUCGGUGAGUUCCACGCCGCAAUAUGCUGUAGUGUUUUACUUCGAACUAUUGAGAAGAGGGUUUUCUCCCAAUAGCCACACUUUUCCGCCGUUAAUUGGGUCUUGUGCGAAGAUGGGUUGUGUUGAAUCUGGACGGAAGUGCCAUGGGCAGGCUAUAAAGAAUGGAGUUAACCAUGAGCCGCCGGUUCAAAACUCUUUGAUUCACAUGUAUGGUAGUUGUGGAAGUGUUACUCUUGCUCUGAAGGUGUUCAACCAAAUGCCAAUACGGGAAUUGGUGUCUUGGAAUUCACUUGUUGAUGGGUAUGCAAGAUUUGGUAAUUUGGAUUUUGCUCAUAGAGUUUUUGCCGCAAUGCCUGAAAGAAAUCUGGCCUCUUGGAAUAUUAUAAUGAGUGGGUAUUUGAAAGGUGGAAUUCCCGGAUGUGUGCUAAAGCUGUUUAGAAAAAUGGUGAAGACGGGUUUAAAAGGCAAUGAUAUCACAAUGGUGAAUGCACUCACUGCUUGCACUCGGUCAGCUAGAUUAAAGGAAGGAAGAUCAAUUCAUGGAUAUUUGAUCAGGUCCUUCUUUAAGUCGAGCAUAUUUCUCGACACAGCUCUGAUAAAUAUGUAUUGGAAAUGUCAUAAAGUGGAUGUGGCCUGUAGAGUGUUUGAGAGCAUGACAGAGAAGAAUUUGGUUAGCUGGAAUGCAAUGAUCUUGGGGCAUUGCAUUCAUGGUAAUCCUGAAGAUGGGAUUAAGCUAUACAAUAAAGUAGUGCGAAGAACAAGGUCAUCGGAUGGAGAAGCCAAAUCUACCAAGGGUUUAAGACCAGAUGAAAUUCUGGAUGGAAUUUUCCCUGAUGAAAUUACUUUCAUUGGUGUUCUCUGCGCCUGUGCUCGUGCAAAACUGCUGGCCGAAGGCAGAGAUUACGUUCAUGAAAUGGUUAAUGUGUUUGGAAUAAAGCCCAAUUUUGCACAUUAUUGGUGCAUAGCUAAUAUUUUUGCUAGUUUGGGGCUUAUCCAGCAGGCAGAGGAUACCAUUAGGAACAUGCCACAAGAUGCAAUGUUUAUGUCUCCGGAAUCGCUGGUGUGGGCUAAUUUACUCGGUUUAUGUCGCUUCCAAGGAGAUGUUUCUUUAGGGGAGCGAAUAGCAAACACUCUCAUUGAUAUGGAACCUCAGAACCAUGCUUACUACCAAUUGCUACUGAAUGUGUAUGCUGUGGCAGGUCGGUGGGAGGAUGCUGCCAAGGUAAAACAGAUGGUAAAGGAGAAAAGAGUGGGCAGAAUGCCAGGAUGCAACCUUGUAGACUUGAAAGACAUUGUCCACGAUUUAAGAGUGGAGGAAUAUUGGCAUGGGGGCAUGGCAGAAUCCAAUAUUUGAUCAAGAAAUUAAGGUAGUUGAAUACUAGCUCUGAACAGACAUCUAGUUGACUUUAUCCACCCACAUUGAGGUUCAAAAAUAUGGUGGUUUGAUUACCGGACUUGGCUGAAAUAUCUUGUUAAGAGUUUAUUCUGAUUGGAGUAAUCGACAGAGAGAUAGAACACUGAUAUUUGGUAACGGAUAAUCAGUGUUGCCCGAAGGCGAGUGCCACUUGAUAAAACUAUUGUCCCCUCCCUCCAUUCUCUGUCUGACACUGAAGCUUGCCAUGUUUACAGCAGCCACUGCUUCUGAACCCAAGCAUUGUGUUAUACACUUUUGUCCCAACGCAUAGCAGUAUCAUUUAAAUCGUACAUUAAUUUUGCAAUCGAUCAUUCUCCAGAUUGCAUAUUGGUCAUGAAAUACUCAUUUCAAAAAAAUAAUUGUAGUAAUCAUAUUUAUUUUCUUUA